AUGGCCGAGUCACGACCUCGAAAUGGUGGCAGUGGUGAUGACAAUGGUGCAUCUGGAAGCAGACGCAGAGGCACUGUUUUGAGACGAGCCAUGGCAUCGCAAACACGAGAUGAAGCAAUGGUGGCAUCUACACCUGCAACGCCAUGUGGGGCUUGCAAGUUCUUGAGGAGGAAAUGCAUUGGGGGGUGCAUCUUUGCACCCCACUUUGGCACUGACCAAGGUGCGGCCAAGUUUGCAGCUGUGCACAAGGUGUUUGGGGCUAGCAAUGUGUCAAAGCUCUUGUCCAACAUUCCGGCGAACCGCCGCAAUGAAGCGGCGACGACCAUUUCCUAUGAGGCUCAGGCGAGGCUGUCUGAUCCGGUCUAUGGUUGUGUCUCCACCAUCCUUGCUCUGCAACAACAGGUGGCAUCUUCUGAAGCAGAGCUAGCUAUGUUGCAAACUCAGCUGAUGAAUAGUAGGUUUGCUUAUGCAAGUGCACUUCAGACCACACAACUACAGCAACCAGCAGCACUACAACCAGCAUAUUCCAACAACUCAUGUGCUUCCACCAACCUUAUGAACAUGAGAAGCUACAACAAUAACCCUGCUGGCUUUGACCUUGCAAUGGACACAGCACCCUCAUCAAACACUUUGGAGCCUCUUCAACUCACAAGGCUGUCCACAUAUGAGGAAGAGGAUGAAGAAGAAAGCAGGACUCGGCAAGCCUUCAAACACCAUUGA